AUGUCUACCGCUACUCCGGAGAAGGCCGCUGCGCCAACACUCGAGAAGAAGCCCGUCAAGUUCAGCAACCUGCUGCUGGGCGCUGGUUUGAACAUGUUCGAGGUCACCACCUUGGGACAGCCGCUGGAAGUGAUCAAGACAACCAUGGCCGCGAAUCGGGGCGACAGCUUCGCCGGCGCUAUGGGUCGGAUUUGGGGCCGUGGUGGCAUCCUCGGUUACUAUCAAGGACUCAUUCCCUGGGCCUGGAUUGAGGCCUCCACCAAAGGUGCGGUGCUCCUGUUCGUCGCCUCCGAGGCAGAGUAUCAGGCCCGUCGCUUCGGUGCCAAUGACUUCGUCGGUGGAAUCGCCGGUGGCAUGGUCGGCGGUAUCGCCCAGGCCUAUGCCACCAUGGGUUUCUGUACCUGCAUGAAGACGGUGGAGAUCACCAAGCACAAGAUGGCCGCCCAGGGUGUCAAACCCCCUGGCACCUUCACCACCUUCAUGGACAUUUAUCGCAAGGAGGGCAUCCGCGGGAUCAACCGCGGUGUCAAUGCCGUCGCUAUCCGUCAGACCACCAACUGGGGUUCUCGCUUCGGUCUGUCGCGUCUGGCCGAGUCGGCGAUCCGCAAGGUGACUGGCAAGGACGACUCCCAGAAGCUGUCUCCCUGGGAGAAGAUCCUGGCCUCCGGUCUGGGUGGUGGUCUCUCCGCCUGGAACCAACCCAUUGAGGUCAUCCGUGUGGAGAUGCAAAGCAAGACCGAAGACCCCAACCGCCCCAAGAACCUGACCGUCGGCAAGACCUUGAAGUACAUCUACGACUCGAACGGCGUCAAGGGUCUCUACCGUGGUGUGGCUCCCCGUAUUGGCCUGGGUAUCUGGCAGACUGUCUGCAUGGUGGCUCUUGGUGACAUGGCUAAGGAAGCUGUUGAGAAGCUGACUGGCGAGAAGGUCACCGCGAAGCACUAA